ACUUUACACCAGUCUGACCGAAUCGAAUUAUCAGACUUUUCUUUGUUAAAAAAACCAGUUAGCAAAGUUAUUUAAACUACGUUCGAUAUUAGAGCAUUAUUUGUGCGGGAAUUUUCAGAUGUCUCUGCUGGCCAUUUUUCAGUUUAUCUGACAUUACCGCAAGUCCAAGCGGACGUCUGUCGGCGAUGACAGUCGACCAACGUACGGGCAAGCGGCAACGUCAUGAGCGACGACCAGCUGAUCGUUGAGACUAAAGCCGGUAAAGUGCGAGGCGCGAAGCAGCGCAACUUCGAAGGCAAUGAGUUUUAUGCGUUUAGAGGCAUUCCAUAUGCCAAACCACCUGUGAAAGAACUUCGAUUUCAGGAUCCAGAACCCGUAGAACCAUGGCCAGGUAUCAGGGAAGCAAUGAGUCAUGGUCCAAAUUGUGCCCAAGUAGAUAUCAUAACAUCCGAUAUUAUAGGCAGCGACGACUGUCUCUACUUAAAUAUCUACGCAAAGAAUUUGAAAUCGGAUGGAAGACGGCCAGUGAUGUUUUGGAUCCACGGAGGAGGUUUCACGAUUGGCUAUGGCGACGAUUCCAUGUACGGUCCAGACUACUUUAUGCGCAAAGAUGUCGUUUUAAUUACCAUCAAUUAUAGACUAGGAUGUUUAGGUUUUUUGAAUUUGAAUGAUGAAGUGGCGACGGGUAAUCAGGGUUUGAAGGAUCAAGUAAUGGCUCUGCAAUGGGUUCGCGAUAAUAUUGCUAAUUUUGGUGGUGACCCAAACAAUGUAACGAUUUUCGGCGAAAGUGCCGGUGCUGCAUCAGUUCACUAUCUCACACUUUCUCCAUUAGCUAAAGGUCUAUUCCACAAAGCUAUUGCUCAAAGCGGAGUUGCACUCAAUCCGUGGGCAUUUAAAACUGAUCCUGAAGAAUGUGCAUAUCGAUUGUGCGAGCUUCUAGGACAUACAGAGAAAGAUCCGAAAUCAGCUAUUGAAUUUUUAAAAGAAGUCGAUAUUCAGAAAUUAAUCGGAGCUCAAGGAAAGAUAUUAAAGAAAGAAGAAAGAUUUCAGUUUGUUGUUGGUUUUGGUCCAACAAUCGAUAUAAAAUCUAAACAACCUUUCAUGCCUGCACAUCCUGAAGAAAUAUUUACCAAAGGUAUCGAAGUGCCGCUUAUCAUUGGCUAUAACAAUAGAGAGGGAAUAAUUUUUUUGAGAGUAUUGAAUAAAGUAGUCAAUAGAUUUGAAGCAGAAUUUGAUACGCUUCUGCAUCCUAAAUGUGUGGACACGAUACGAAAUUUAUAUAAUCUAACACUCGAAAAGUUAAAGCAAAUUUAUUUUGAAAAUGAUGAAAUCACUGUGGAAAAUAUCGACAAAUUAGUAGAUCUUUUCGGAGACUUACACUUUGUUGAAGGAAUACAUCGAGUUCUACAGACGCAAAUUGAAAAGAAUUCUACGCCAACGUAUUUUUAUCUGUUCAAUUAUGACAAAGAUCCAUCGUUAUUAAAAAUGAUAUCAAGAACUAAUAUAAGCGGUGCAAGUCAUACAGAUGAAAUAUUUUAUUUAUUUGCAAUGCAAUCUUUUACUACCAUGAGACAACAAUAUGGCAUUCCUAGGAAAAGUUGGUAUCAAUUAGCUAAGUGGUUUAUCAGAGCGCUUCCACUUCUUUAUCUAGUCAAGUGGAACAGUUUUAGAUUUCCUAAAAAGGGAACAGUUAGAUAUCGUAUUUCCGAACAAAUGAUUGACAUGUGGGUAAAUUUUGCAAUAACAGGGAAGCCAACCAAUGGACCAUCUGAAUUGAUCCCGGUUGAUUGGCCUCCCGUCGACGACGGCAAAAAUCUUCGAUAUUUGAAUAUUUGCGAGAAUCUGCAUAUAGAUGUUGUGCCGCAUAUAGAAGAAAAAUACAACUUACAAAAAGAUUAUAAAAGCUAAUCUUGGAAAAAAUAUACUUUAGGGCAAUAAUUUUUAUAAUUUUAUGCUAAUGAAAACGAAAACAAAUUUAAUUACAUUGUUUUUGGCCUGCGUUUGGAUUAUGUUGUUUUAGACUGUGGUGUUAUUAAGUUUUUGUUCGAUGUUAUGUUAUUUUAUAAAUCCCAUCAUUGUACGAUCUUUUUAUCAAGUUAUUUAUUAAAAAUUAGGUAAAUAUAUCAUUUUCUUUAACCGCUAAUAUUAGAUGCAGCUCUAUAUCUCGGAGUCAUGAAGCGUCAAAACUAUACUUUAUGUCGGAUAUUUAUAGGGAGUUCAUUUGACAAACAAAGAGAUAAUUUCAAGUUAAUUAUUUAAAUUUGUUUCACUUUUUAUUGGUGCAGAUGAAGUUAUUCAAAAAAAUAGUGGAGUUUUCGAGAGCCGCAUCAGAUAACCUAAUCACAAUUUCAAAUUGGGAACGUAAGCAUCGAACUAGAAGUACCUUUUGAUAAUUAAGUGUAUUCUAUCUAAGUGACGGUAUAUAUGACCUAAUAGUAAAUACGCAAGCUGGUAAAGUGUGCACUAAAAAGAUGAAUGUAUUCGACAGCACUGAAUACUAUUCAUUUAAGAACAUUCUCUAUGCCAAACUAUCUGUGGAUAGCUGCGCUUUAAAGUCAAUUGUUUCGAUAAAAUAUUUUUUUCACAAAACUUUGUUAUUUUAAUUGCAUAUGUUACUGACAAAAAAAACUAUAAUCUUAUCUAUGUGUUGAUAAACAUUAUCAUUUUCUCGUACUCAAUGCCAAUGUACACUUUACUUUAUCAAGAUAUGAAUAUUUUUCACUUUCUAUAGAGGUGACAAAAUAGAAUAUUACGUUAUUUGUUUUUUGAUCGUAAUACCAACAACAAAAUUAUCAGAAUUGUCAGUUGGACGCCAGCUACUGAUCAAAUAAAUUUACGAUAUUUGAGCAUCUAUGCGAAGAUUUACGUAUGUAAAAUACAGUUGAUAUUAGAUAAUAUUACAUAGCUCAAAAUUAUCCUAAGAACCAAACCUUAAGAACUAAAAAUUAAUACCUAUC